AUGCGACUUCAAGUCAUCGCUGCAGUGCUUGCCCUGAAUCUGGGCUUGACUCAGGCUAGGGCCAUUCCGAAGCGUACUGGCAACGAUGUCCUCGGCCGUACUGUCCAGGCUUGGGGAGGUGAUCUGAAUGGUAUCGAGGUUGAUGCCACUGAGCAGUCAGAAAAGCGUACUGUCCAGGCUUGGGGUGGUGAUCUGAAUGGUAUCGAGGCUUGGGGUGGUGAUCUGAAUGGUAUCGAGGUUGAUGCCACUGAGCAGCCAGGAAAGCGUACUGUCCAGGCUUGGGGAGGUGAUCUGAAUGGCAUCGAAGUCGAUGCUACCGAGUAG